GCAAAACCAGAACAAAAGACAAAUACCGUGUUGUAUAUACAGACCACCAGCGACUGGAACUGGAGAAGGAAUUCCACUAUAGUCGCUACAUCACCAUCCGUCGGAAAGCAGAGCUGGCAGCAGCCCUUGGACUCACUGAGCGGCAGGUGAAAAUCUGGUUCCAGAACCGGCGAGCAAAGGAGAGGAAAGUGAACAAGAAGAAGAUGCAGCAGCAAACGCAGCCUGCCAGUACAACCACACCUACCCCACCAGCGGUUGGCACCCCUGGCCCUAUAGGCGGCAUCUGCAGCAGUACCACCAAUCUAGUUUCCACCUCACCAAUGACUAUCAAGGAAGAAUUUAUGCCUUAA